CUUAAUGCCAUUUUCUAGUUGGGAUUGAGCUCUUAAACGUGCAGGAAAUUGAAUUUUAGCGAUGCCGAUGGCCCCGAGCCACGCCGCGAAACCCUCUCCUCAUCCGCCACCGCCGCCGCUCGGGACCUAUUACGCCACCCGCCGACCGUGGCGCUUGUUCUUCGAAAUCUCCGCCCUCUCUCUGCCCUUCGGCUAUGGCGAGGCCAUGUCCAGGAUCCGACAGAACGCCAGCUAUUUCCGGGUCAAUUACGCCCUAAUCGCACUCGUGAUCCUCUUCUGCAGCCUCGUCUACCACCCGAUCUCCAUCAUCGUCUUCCUCCUCGCCACCGCCGCCUGGAUUUGGCUCUACUUCUUCCGCGAGGCGCCGGUAACUGUGUUUGGCCGAAUCGUGGACGAUCGUGCCGUUUUGGUUUUCCUGAUCCUCGUUACGGUUGUGUCUUUGGUUUUCACUCACGUUGGUCUGAAUGUGCUCAUCGCAUUGAUAAUUUCUGUGAUUGUGAUUUUUGUUCACGCCUCGUUUAGGGGCACUGAGGACUUGUUCUUGGACGAAAAUGAGGCAGCCGAAGCCGGACUGCUCUCAGUUGUACAGUGAAAUUAGAAACUCUUAGGUUUGAAUUCUGUGUACCAAACGGGGCCUUAUGAGAAUUGGAUGGAAGAUGAUGCAUUUCUGAGUAUUAGUGCUUGCAAGAAGCUGUUUUGGCCUGUGGGAUUUAGAGCGCCUGUUUGGGAAUAACGAUAGAUGUUAGCGUCAACGUUUUGAAAAAAACUAUCUACGGGCAGUGUUUUCAAAGUUAAUAUGUACCGUUGAAAUUUUUAUUCAAAAUACGAACGCUAAUCGAAAACGCUAUUCCCAAACGGGGUCAUAGCUGCUUGAAUUGGGUGUAUUGUGGCAACUGUUUUGGGAGGUAAAUUCAGCUUAUGUUGUAAGUGUUGUUUUCUUUCCCUAAAAUGUCAUGUUUUUGGGUAUUUGGGGACAUUGCAACAGCCAAAUCCUAUUUAGAAUAUGGGGAAAAAGCUUUUUGAUGGUUAUGUUUGUGUGAAACAUUUGUACUUUCAGUUUGACAUGUUUAUUGCUGGUGACCUGUUAGAGACAUUUCCUCAAGUGUAGAAACACAAAUGAGUGGAUGCAGUGUUGAUGAGAGAAACAUGAAACUUUCUUUUGUUUCUCCUUUGGCUGAUGGGAUAGAACUUUUGGAGAAAUUCUGUUGUGCCUCUUUAGACUAAGGCUCCGUUUGGUAUACGAAAUUCAAACUAUGAAAUUUGAAUUGAGGACAACAAUUCCAAUUCUGCUGUUUGGUAGCACAAAAGUAUGUGGACUUAGAAUUGGAGAAUUCAAUACCAUCCAAAUGAAUUCCAUAGAAUUUUUACUCUCAAUUCAAUUCUCAUUCCGUCAAUUCCGUGUACCAAACGGACCCUAAAAGUAGAUUGUGUUUGAAUGUUGUUGGAGGCUUCAUGGUAAGGCAAAUGAUGUUUCAACUUUGUUUUGAUUACUGGAUACAUCAGUAUUACAAGUACUUUUUU